AAUAAAUAGAGAUGACAAAUGAUUUAAAAAGUAUAUCACAAAUUCAGAGAUAAAGAGAGAGGUGGAUCCUUCACCACAAACAAAAAAGGUUGUAGUUUUCUUAUCAAUAUAUUUUCUUGAUCCACUAAACGUUGUUUGAAAAUCGAAAUAUAUGUGUCAUUGAUUUUAAUAUGUUAAUUUUAGAGUUCAAUAUGUUUAUUAUUUAAGUUAUUUUGUCUUAUGUUUGUCACUAAACUUCACUUUUGUAACCGUUGUCGUCCAUCUAACUAACUCCUUUUCAUGUUUUCUUUGCUAAAACUUUAACUAAAAAACAUCAAAUUAUUAUUCUUCUUCGCUUUUCUGGCGACUCAACCUCGCUCAUAUUCUCUUGAGUCUAGAUCCCUCCUUAAAUCACCAAUUAGCUAACAACUACCAAUAUGUUAACUCGAUUGGGGAGGACCAGAGCUUCGAUUUUACACCAUUGCUUUGAUUGUUUUUCUUUUGUAGUCUUUUUAAUGUGUUCAGUUUGUCCAGAUAAUGUUUAAUGGUUGAUUGCAAAUACUUACUAAAAUUUUUAAUUCAGAUUAGAAAAUUAGUGGAGCAUUAUGAAAACACGGAUAAAAUGUAGUUUGCGGUUGUUUUGUUUAAUUUUGAUCAGUUUGUUUGCUUUGGAGAUAUACGCGUCUUCCCGCAUUGUGAGCGAUAUAAUCUAUGAGUCUUUUGAUGAAUCUUUUGAAGAGAGUUGGGUUGCGUCGAAGACGGAAGACUAUUUAGCAAAACACAAAGAUAUUCAAAAAAUGGAGAGUAACGAGACUCCAAAGAAACCAAGAUUUUUAUGCCUUCAUGGACAUGGCUCAAAUGCUACAUUACUUGAAGACCAUUUUAAAAACUGGCCAAAUUUUGUGCUCGAGAAAAUGGAUUUUGUAUACAUCAAUGGUCCAUUCCCCGUAGCCGAUGAGCUUUUCGAAUGGUACACCACGGAUGAGGAUUACAAGACUGAAAACUUUGAUGAAGGCAUAGCAUACAUUGAAGAUCGCAUGGUAGAGCUAGGACCAUUUGAUGGUGUGCUUGGUUUUUCUCAGGGAGCCUUUGUAGCUGGGGCAUUACCAGGAAUGCAGGCACAAGGUUUAUGUCUCACAAAGGUUGGGAAAAUCGAACAUGUUAUUAUAAUAUCGGGAGGCAAACUUGGAGGCACACUUCCCUCGCCAAAGCUGGCCGAAAACGCUUACUCUUCUCCGAUAAAUAUUCCGUCACUCCACAUUUACGUCUCCUCGUGUAUAGGUGAGACUGACGUUGUAAGGUUAUCUGCACCAAAACUCAUUGAAGCAUAUGUUGAUCCUCUCGUGAUAGUCCACCCUGGUGGUCAUGAAGUGCCAAAAUUAGAUGAAGAUGGAUUGAAGAUCAUGUUUGAGUUCCUUAAGAAAAUUAAUGCAAUUGCUUGAUGAAGCGGUUCUCUUGUGUUGAAAUACUCUUAUUUUAGAAAGUUUUAUAUAAUCGUUCAUGCAAAUGUUGUUCGUCUCCAAAAGUCAAUGUAAUAAUGGUAUAAAAUAUUAUAAUAAAUGCAAUAUGUGUGUAUACUA